CAGAGUAAAACAAACAUGGCGUCCUUUCAAAGCAAGAGCGCAGGAUGCUUAGCGGACUCUGUCUCCCGUGAGCCUCUGCGGCAGGGAUUCCCAUUGGAAACAAUAGGGUUGUGCGGCGCAAGGCAUGACGGGAGAUGCAGUUCGUCCUCUCUGAGGGAAAGAGCGUCGAUAAUGGCGGCGCCUCCUUCUUCCCCGCCGGGGCCCGAAGAAGCGCCGCCGUCCUCGGGGCUGCAGUACAGCCUGGUCCUGGAGCACCUGGUCGGGGAGAAGCGCGGGCCUCGUCCGGGCGUGGAGGCGGCGGCGCUGGCCUUGGCGGGCUUCCCUUCCCCGGCCAAGAGCCCCGAGCAGAAGGCCGUGGAGCGCGCCAUGGAGAGCUGCGCCUUCAAGGCCGCCCUCGCCUGCGCCGGAGGCUUCGUCCUGGGGGGCGCCUUCGGGGUCUUCACGGCCGGCAUCGACACCAACGUGGGCUUCGACCCCAAGGACCCCCUCCGGACCCCGACGGCCAGGGAGGUCCUCCGGGACAUGGGCCAGCGCGGGGUCUCCUACGCCAAGAACUUCGCCAUCGUGGGCGCCAUGUUCUCCUGCACCGAGUGCCUGGUCGAGUCGUAUCGAGGGAAAUCCGACUGGAAGAACAGCGUCAUGAGCGGAUGCAUCACGGGAGGAGCCAUCGGCUUUCGGGCCGGAGCCAAAGCGGGUCUCCUGGGCUGCGGGGGCUUCGCCGCUUUCUCCGCCGUCAUCGACUACUAUCUUAGGUAGCGUCCGGAUAACGUGGUCCUUUGUACGGACGGACGGGACAGCUUCCCGAGGAGACAGAGGCUCCAGAAAGAAGCGAGCACCUCUUCCUUUGACUCCGUUCUUUCCGAGGUAUAUUCCGGUACGGUCCGCGUCUGAGCUCUCCUCCGUUUUUGUGGACUCGGGAGAAACGCCGGGACUUGUUUACUCCCUGGAAGUGAAAUUAGCUCCCAAUACAACCAUAACCGAGCGUUGGAGGCGGUUGUUGUGGGUCGACCUCGAAACCGGAAUAGAUACCGACACAUGAAAGAACCAGGACGCCAAACGAUUCCUUUUGUGCAAACGUGGUGGGUUUUAUUAACAGUUUCAUCCAUGAUUUAACAUCGAUUUAAAACCUUGAAGGGGGAGGGAGGAAAUCCACCUGUGACGGGACACAACCAAAAAUUAUAUAUAUAUAUAAUAUAUAUAUAUAUCCUUAAAACGA